CUCGUGGUCAUUUAGAUACACAGCGGUAUUGAUAAGUGUCGGACGAAUUAAGUAAGUGACAAUCAUUAACAAUGAAAGCGGUAGUGUUUGACGGCAAAACUCUGACUCUUAAAUACGAUGAAAAUUAUCCCAAGCCAACUAUCGUCAACGACACAGAUGUCAUCGUGAAAGUAGAAUAUUCUGGAAUUUGUGGAACCGACUUGCAUAUUAUUCAGGGCGAAUUUCCAGCAUCAAAAGAGCGACCUCUUCCCCUUGGUCACGAGUUUAGUGGCGUAGUCCAUGAAGCGGGAAAAGGGUCCAUAUUCAAAGUGGGCCAGAAAGUUGUCGUCGAUCCUAAUCGGGCCUGCGGUCUUUGCGAUUUCUGUCGCGAUGGUAACUACCAGUACUGUCUCAUCGCCGGAAUCAACAGCACCAUCGGUAUUUGGAGGGACGGUGGGUGGGCGCAGUACGUGAAGUGUCCCCAGGAUCAGGUAUAUCUACUACCUGAAGGCAUCACCACCGAACAAGCUGGCCUUUGCGAGCCGUACUCGUGUGUUUCACACGGGUACGACCGCGCUUCCCCCAUCCCCGUUGGUACGAAGAUUCUUAUUGUCGGCGCUGGUAUUAUUGGUAAUCUCUGGAUAACGACUCUUCAUCUUCAAGGUCACAGAGAUGUUACAGUUUCCGAGAUGAAUAAAUCUAGACUGGAUAUUGUUAAAGGCUUAGGUACUGGAUUCAGGCUAGUCACACCAGAUGUCUUGGCGUCAGAAAAUAAACUGUAUGAUGUCAUUGUCGAUUGCACAGGCGUUGGUAAGGUUAUGGAGAUCAGCUUCAAAUAUCUAAAUUAUGGUGGUAAAUACAUAUUGUUCGGAUGUUGCCCCCCCACGCAUCAGGCUUCAGUGAACCCAUUCGAUAUCUACAACAAGGAGCUGACUUUGAUUGGUGUUAAAAUAAAUCCGUUCAGCUUCCCGAAAGCUAUUGGUUUGUUGAAAUCUAUGGGAGAACGGUACCUGAACUAUGAUAGAUUGGGAGUCAAAACCUACCCCCUAUCAGCGUACCAGGACGCAAUAAAAGAUUUAAAAACUGGAAACAUUUCUAAGGCCAUAUUUAAGAUUGAAUCAUGAUUGUGUCUAAUAAAUAAAUAAACGCUAA